AUGUCUAAUCAAGAUAUGAAGGAAAUAAAUGACUUGUUAGUUUUAGAUUAUGAUGUAUUUGGAAAAUGCAAUGAUAUGAUGGUAGUUUUAAUUUGAAUAUUUAAAGAGUUUUAUCAAAUCUACAUAACCUAUUCAAAAAGAUGAUCCAUAGAUAUGUAAAAAAGUUAAUGCAGUAGCAAAAUUAAUAAAUUAACUAAUAAAAUUUUUAAAAGAUUCAUAUAGUUCUAAUUUAGAUAAUUUACCAGAUUAUUAUGAUAUUGUGUACUUGUUGAAUAAUAACUUAUAAAAUAAUUUAACAGUUCAAGCUAAAAAAAUGUAAUUAAUAGAGGCAAGCAAUUAUGAAUUAAAAAAUUAGAUAACAAAUUAAACUUAAAAAAUAUAAUAAUUGAAUAAAGAUCUAUAAAUUAAAGAUAAGGAAAAUUAAUAAUUAAGAAAAGAGGUAAUAUUAUUAUAGUGUAUCUUAGAUUAAAGCAUUAAAACAUUAAAUAUAAUAACUAGAAUAAUUAGGGUUUUAAGUAGAAUAAGAAAUGAAUGAUCAAAAUUAUAGUUUAAAUGAGGAUAAUAAUCUAUUAUAAAAUGAAAUUACUUAAUUAAAAUAUUAGAUAGAAUUAAAAGAAAAUACUAUUAAAUAUCAAGAAGGAGAGAUAAAGUUGUUAAAAUUAUAAUUAUAAAGAAUUUAAGGUGAUUAAAGGCAAGAUAUAAAACAUCAUCUUUUUUAUGAUUAAUAAUAAAUAUUUAAAGAGAAUUAGGAAUUGCUCAAUAAAAUUAAUUAAUUAUCUUUUAAACAUAAUUAUCAAUUUAUUGAAAAUGUAGAAAAAGGAAAAGAACAUUAAAAUGUGAAAGAAAAUAAAAUAUAGAGUUAGUAAAUAGAAAUAAUGUAAAAUAGAAUCUUUAAUUUUCUUAAUUAAUUAUCAUUACAUGGUUUUUUAAUUAGUGCUUGGAUAGGAGCAUAUGUAAUUAUAUAAUAUUAUAAAUGA